CCCCAGGCGUCGAUUCGAACCGGGACGAAGUCCCCAAUCCCCUCCACGCCUCCCUCCCGCAUCAAACACGCAAUCGCCGCCAACUCUGUUGACGACCCCGCGCCGGCGUAGCUUCGCAUCCACGCCAACGCCGCGACCGCCAUGGCCUCCUCCUCCGAGUCCAGCAAGCCCAAGCCCGCACCGGCACCCUCUCGCCCUCCGUCCCGCGACUUCCUCGCCCACCUCGAGGCCUACCUCGCCCGCCGCGACGGCGUCGACAAGCUCCUCAAGAUCUCCCGCUACUCCGCGCGCCUCGCGCUCUCCGCGGGUCCGCCGCUGCCCCCCUCCGCCUCCGCCCGCCUCAAGUCCUUCGAGUCCAGCGUCGGGCUCAGCCGCAAGGCCUUCCGCCUCGGCAAGUUCGUGCAGUCCCUCAACGCCCUCCGCGCACACCCGCACCCGCCCCCGGCCCUCGCGGUCCUCGCCUGCGGCGGCGAGGGCGUCUACUACUUCGUCGAGCAGUUCGUCUGGCUCGCCAAGGCGGGGCUCCUGCCCGCGCACCUCCUCCCGCGCCUCCAGCUCCUCAGCGCCUGGGCCGAGCUGCUGGGCUACGUCGGCUCCAUAGCGAUUAAGCUGGAGGAGGUGGCCAAGAUCGAAUCGUCCAUCAAGGAGCGCCUCGCCGAGGGCUGCGGGGAGGAGAGCGAGGCCGUGAGGACGAUGCGGGGUAAGCUGCUGCUGAAGCGGAUGUCGGUGGUGCAGGACGUGGCGGACGCGGUCAUGGCGCUCGGAGAUGUCACUGAUGGGAAGGGUUGGCUCGGGAGCUCCACGCUGAUGGCAUCGGCAGGCCUGCUCUCGGCGUUGAUCAGCACGCACAAGAACUGGAAAUCUUGUUGAAGCAUAUGAAGGUAUAUAUUUUAUAGAUAGCUCAUCAUAUGAUGAAAAAUAAGCUCUGAUCGGACAUCUGAGCAACAACUAAGGACUGCUUCCGGAAAUCUGGAUGCUCCCAAAACUGAUACUGGUGCUCUGCCCUCUGGGGAAUGAAUGAUUCAUUCCGGUACAUCUGGUUGGACCUCAAAAUUUCAGGGUUUUCAGCCAUCGUGAUCAUUCAAUUUUAGGCUUACGCUUCUUAUGUGUGUAUCUGCUGUGUAUGAUCGAUUUCAGAUAAGAUGACCUUGUUUUUUUCCAUCUAUCUUACUUUUAGCUGUAUAUAGUUCCCAAAUCAGAACCAUUGAGGUUGAGGAGCAGCUGCGCUGCUGAGACCUUGAGCUUUCUGUCAGGGAACAGAUCUCCAUGUCAAAUUAACUUGCAGCACCAAGAUUUAUGUUUGCUCUCAAGAUAUCGAGUUAGUCAUUAUAAUCAGCCUUUCAUGCACAAAAGUAAAAAAAAAAUGCACACAUCAAAGACAUGCAUAUACUUUCCCAGUCUGUUUUCUGUCUAGUUUUGUGUUAAUAAUACCAAAGCCUAAAGCAACAGUGGCCAAUUUGGAUGCCAACACUCUGGAGCUAAUGUGAUAAAGGCCUGAAACAUCAUGAAACAGAAUGCUCAUGUCUCCAACUCCCCAAGCAUAAGUGAGGUAUAAAAGGGAUGAAGGAAUACUGAAUACUAAAGCUACGGCAUAAACUUGACAAUACCAGGAGGUCCAAAGUACAUGAAAAUGUCAUUUAGUUAUUGGCUCUUAUUUUGCAGGCUGGAUACAAAUUAGAUUUCAUUUUUAUGCUCGAUCGUGCUUGCCAAAUUCAAUCAACCUGGAAAGAAAGAUGACACAUGAAUUAUUUAUGUGCUGCUUACAUGGAUGAGAAUUAGGAGGAUUAAUUUGCCUGUGCUGUUGUACCUAUUGAAACAUGCCCAGCUGCAUACAUUUGACUAGUCGUGACUGCAGUUAUAUGUCCCGGUCACAAGUUGGAUUACAGUUGGGCUUGAGAUUAUGAGCUGUUGUAUCAGUUUUAACUAGAAAAGGAGCUUAUUUAUUCCUCACAAAUACCAUUCUUAGAUAUAAAUGGAAUGUAUUGGUUCCUCUUAAAGUGUCGUGAAAACAAAAUAAUUUUUUAUUUAAUUGAUGUAACCUCCCUUC